AUGGUCUCCGCCCUCCUCUCGCGCUCCUCGGCACUCGCCGCACGCUCCAUGCGCGCCCAGGCGCCGCGCGGCACGCGUGCGCUGCACGUCGAGAACACGGCCGAGACGUCGCUCCCCUUCGGCCAAGGCCCCAAGAACAAGGUGGCCAUUGCCGUCUGCCUCACCACCUUCCUCAGCGUCGGCUUUGGCCUGCCCUUCUACGCCGCGCGCUUCCAGAUCAAGAAGGCCGGCGGCGGUGCCUAA